AUGGACCUCUCCAGACCCAGGUGCAGCCCAUGGAUGGGCCUCGUCCUCGUGGCCAGUCUGCUGGCCUGUGGGGUCUGCCAGGCGUCAGGUCAAAUCUUCAUCCCCCAAUACCUAGGAAUCAAGGGAUAUCGGGGUGUCAUGGCCCUAGAGAACGCUCCGGAGAAUGUUCAGGAAUACAGCUGGUACCGGGGUGCACACGACAACGUGGGAAAUAUGAUUAUCAGCUACAAACCACCUAAUCUCCAGGAGACCGGGCCCAUGUACACUGGCAGGGAGAAGGUGAACAGCAGAGGUGACCUGCUGAUCAAGGAGUGUCAACUGAACGACACAGGAAACUACACCAUCCGGGUGGACACUGGCAAUGAGAUCCAGAGGGCCACCGGCUGGCUUGAGAUUGUAGAGCUCGGAAGCAACCCGGGAAUCUCAGUCAACGCCACCUCUGUGGUGGAGAACUGGGAUUCUGUGGUUGCCGAGUGCCACACCAAUGUCGCCAACAUCACAUGGUACGUGAACGAUGUGCCGAUAUCCAGCAGCAACCGGAGGACAAUUUCUCCCGAUGGCAAGACUCUCGUCAUCCACAGGGUGAGCCGCUAUGACCGGGCACUCCAGUGCGUGGUGGAGAAGUUCUCAGAGAUCUUUCAGAGGAGUGAGCGCAUCCCUCUGACCGUGGCCUUUGGGCCCGACUAUGUGGUGCUGUGGGGUGAGCCUGACAGCUUCAACGGCAUCCUGACUGCUAAGCUUGGCUCCCGAGUGGAGAUGAAGUGUGAUGCCUAUUCCUCCCCAAGUCCCACGUACCGCUGGAUCCACAACGGCUCCCUCCUGGACUCCUCAGAUGACAACAUCACCCUCUCAAACCUAACCUGGGAGCAGACGGGCAGUUACCGGUGUGUUGUGGAGAACCCCGUGGCCCAGCUGACGCUGUACACGACUGUCAGCAUCCAGAUGCCCCGUGAUUAUCCUCUUCUUCCAGGGCUCUUACCCCCUGCUGUCCCCAGAGGCUUUUACAUCACAGAACCCUUGGUAAUAUUCCUCAUCGUGGUGGCAGUCCUGGGCGGCGUGUACCUCUCUGGAGUCCUGAUCCAUGCUCUGAUCAGCCAUUACUCAACCAGGACAAAUCGGGCUAUAUGA